GCCUGGAGAGUGCUGCCUGGUUUCAGACGCGGUCCGUCCGGCUGGAGGCAUGAACCGCUCCAGCCUCCUGAACCUCAACAGCCUGGGGAAGCUGUGCGGCUCCGGCAACAGCAGCGACAUGGUGAUCCUGGACCGGGUCAAGAGGAAGAACUCGGUCAGGCGCAUGUCUAUCAUCGAGGACGGGCAGCUAGCCGAGGUCCUCUACCUCAUCCCCAAGCAGUGCAUGAUGGAGCAGCUGCCCUUCAUCAACCCAGACGACUACAUCGUCUGUGAGAAGCUGGCUGGGAUUCCUGCAGAGGUCUCAGUGCUGCACGCCCUGGACGGCUGCCAGCCGGGUCCUCUGGGAGGAAAACAGCAAAUCCAGUGCUUCAGAUGUGGAGCGCUGUGCAAAGGAGAGGCGCUGCGAGUGCAGAGCAGCUACUUCCACCUGAAGUGUUUCACAUGCAAGGUGUGCGGCUGUGAUCUGGCUCUGAGCGGCUUCUUCAUGAGGAACGGCGACUGCCUCUGCCCGGUGGACUUCCAGCGCCUCCACGGCACGCCGUGCACUAACUGCGGCGAAUUCGUGGAGGGGGAGGUGGUCACCGUCCUGGGAAAGUCCUACCACCCGGCCUGCUUCGUGUGCACCAUGUGCAAGCAGCCCUUCCCUGCAGGCGACUUUGUCACCUUCAGGGGAAAAAAAUGUCUCUGUCAGCGCUGCAAUGAACCCACGUCUCCUUCUAAUCACAUCCCACAUCCCAACAAUUGUUCUGGUUGCGGCAGAGACAUUAAGAACGGCCAGGCUCUGUUGGCGCUGGGAGCUCAGUGGCACCUCGGCUGCUUCAAAUGUAAAUCCUGCAGGAGGAUCCUGAGUGGGGAGUACAUCAAUAAGGAUGGCUUUCCGUACUGCGAGAGGGACUACCAGACUCAGUUUGGGGUCAAAUGUGAAGCGUGUCAGAGGUUCAUAACAGGAAAAGUCCUUGAGGCUGGAGAACGACACUAUCACCCCGGCUGUGCAAAAUGCAGCCGAUGUGGCAAAAUGUUCACAGAAGGAGAGGAAAUGUACGUACAGGGUUCAACAAUCUGGCAUCCAAACUGCAAAGACAGCAGCAGAGCGGAGGAGAGCUGCAGGGUGAGAAAUAUCAGCAGACCAAAGACUCCAUGUCUUGAUUUCUUUUUCCCCCCACGUGAACUGAAGCCCAACAGAUCGUCAUCUGAAAGCUCCUGCUCCCGACCCGGAUCCUGCACUCCCAGCAGCCCCGGCAGAACCAUCUGUGCAAAAGUAGAUAAUGAGAUUAUUGAUUACCGAGACUUAGCAGCAAUUCCCAGAGUCAAGGCUAUAUAUGAUAUAGAGCAUCCAGACAUGAUUUCCUAUAAGUCUGUGAACUCCUGCACUCUGGGCGACGGAGGAGACGCUGCGACCGGACGAAGCCUGACGGAGUCACCAGGAAACGUGUCUGAAACCACAGAGGAGAGCUUUGCAACGAGACCAUGUGUGCCAAAAUCUUCAAGUGACGGUCCGUUUGGAGGUCAAACCAUGUGGUGCCGACACAGCUACAGUCCGGCUCUGUCCAGAUCACCGCAGCAUUUCCACCGACCAGAUCCAGAUUCCUCCUCAACCCAAACUGUGUCUCUGCCCGGAUUCAGCCACAACUUCCUGAGUUUGCCUCGUUUUCUGCCCGGUUACCGCCUCACCAGCAGUGACAGAUUCAGCUUCAAGCUCACCACCGAUGAUCAGCUCCCACUAACCCGAGUGGAUAGAGGAGUGUCUAUGCCUAAUUUAUUGGAACCUAAAGUCUAUCCAUACGAGCUGCUUAAAGUCUCAAAUGAAGGCCGAGUGAAACUCCCCAAGGACGUGGACAGAACGAGACUCGAGCGCCACCUAUCUCCAGACUCAUUCUUUGAAAUCUUCGGGAUGAAAAUCCAGGAAUUUGACAAACUUCCGCUUUGGAAGCGUAAUGACAUGAAGAAGGCAGUAAAUCUCUUCUAAAUAUUUGUUAUUUUUAGACUUUAUUUCCUUUUCUUGGUGUUUGACGUUGAUAUUUCACUUCACCUUAUGUUCAGAUUAAACAAUUAUCUCUAAAUAGUUAGUAAUUCAAAAUUAAAGCCUCAAUUAGCAUCUGUAAAGCAGCUGCAAGAUAAUUUUCAUACUUUGAUCUCAGAAACUGUUGAUGUUGUGUUUAUUAUGACAGGUUUAUUAACAGUUGACAGUUAUUUAUAGCUUAAUAAAUAACUGAUUUAGUAAGAUUUAAUUCAUCCCGAUAGAAAACAGUGUUCCUAUUUCUGGAAUUUCUAGUUAUGACUGUUUAACUGAUACAUAUUUUACAAUUUUCCAAAUAAGCAUUUCUGUCCAUUCAUGAGUGUUAGCUGUUAGCAUGUUAGCUUAGCAUGUUUAGAUUAAUACUGGAUCGUUUGUAGAGAUCAACCUUUUAGUUUCAGAUAAUAAUAAAAAAUGGGUAAAGAAUAAUCCUUUCAGCCUUCGUAUUAUGUUUGUACUGCUGACAGUUUGUUAUGGCCUUUGGAAAAUGCACAUAAAAUGUUUUAUUUUUUAAUUAUUUUAAGUCUCUUUAGUUAUUUGGUUUAUUUAAUUUCAGAAUUUAUUGAAUUUUUUUUUAAAUUCAUAUAUUAAGCAGAGAAAUUAUGCCUGGAUGACUAACAGAUAUACUUUGUUUUGAGUUGCAUUAAAAUAUGAAAACUUAACUCUUUUUACUAGGACAUACAGACAUGGAAACACAGAUUUGAGAUUGUAGGGAGGAAUUGUGUGAAUAAAUCGUCACUGAAAUGUUUUAAUUAUAUGUAAUAUUGUGUGGAGAUGUUUUUCUUUUCAUGUUUUACCACAUAUGCAUCUUAAUAUUGCUGCUUCAUCACCACUUCAAGCACCAGAAAUAAAAUCUUCCUUCUUACA